AUGAAGGGGGCUGCGCUGGUUUCAGGCUGUGCUAGUCGGGAUGCAGGAGCAGGGACGCUGUUUGCCACUGUGGGACCAACCUGGCAGAAUCAGUGGAACGAAGGCAAGGAGGUACAACCGGUGACAGCAGGUGUCAUCACACCAUGGAGGCAGACUGAUGCUCGACAGCCGGCUCUAAAAAAGAUCAUCUGUCAAAAACAAAAAAAAAAACCCAAGCAUCCAAAAAUCCAACUUAACACCUACACUGAUGCCAUAGAAUUAAAAACGUACAUGAAACGCUACACCCAUGGUACCUGGUACAUGGUUUUUAUCCCGCCGAGUGCAAUUCUGCAGCAGUUCGGUCCGCGCCGCUUGCUAAAUCUGGAGCUACACGAAACGCCAGUGGAGCUGCGACCGAGCAGACGCGGGGCGGGUGGCCAGCAGGCAACACCGCCCGCUCGAGCAAAGCCCGCCGAUCGCCCCGGGGCCGCUCACCGGCCCCGGGGCAGGAAAACCGUCGUCUUCAUCACGGGUCUGUUUAGGAGAACGGUACGAAAACGUAAGCCUUUCCGCCAGAGCACGUGUCGCCUGACACUGAAGCAUCUUUUUUUUAAUUUGGAAGUCCGGGAGUUGUCACCAACAGGUACCCUGCUUCGGUUUUCGUUCACGCGUUUGCUCGCCACUUCUUCGCCCUCAUCCUCCAAAAAGGCCUCAACAGGAAGGCAGCGUUACUCGGGCUGCGCACAUCGCAUGCGUGUUGCAUAUAAAGAUUCAAAAGGAUUAGCCGUACCACUACGAAGCAGAAGGAAGAAAAGGUUCGUGUCCAGCCCCCGCUAUGUGGAGACCAUGCUGGUAGCCGACCAGUCCAUGGCCGAGUUCCACGGCAGCGGGCUGAAGCACUAUCUCCUGACGCUGUUCUCCGUGGCAGCCAAGCUGUACAAGCACCCCAGCAUCCGCAACUCCAUCAGCCUCGUGGUGGUGAAAAUCAUGGUCAUUUACGAGGAGCGGAAGGGACCCGAUAUCUCUUCCAACGCAGCCCUGACUUUGAGAAACUUCUGCAGCUGGCAGAAGCAGCACAACCCGCCCAGUGACCGGCACGCCGAACACUACGACACGGCAAUCCUCUUCACCAGGCAGGACCUCUGCGGUGCCAAGACAUGUGAUACUCUUGGGAUGGCUGAUGUGGGAACAGUUUGUGAUCUAAACCGCAGUUGCUCUAUCAUAGAAGACGAUGGUUUACAGGCUGCCUUUACAACAGCCCACGAACUAGGCCACGUGUUUAACAUGCCUCAUGACGAUGCAAAGCAGUGUGCUGGUAUUAAUGGCAUAAGCCGGGAUUUCCACAUGAUGGCAUCUAUGCUUUCCAAUCUGGAUCGCAGCCAGCCUUGGUCUCCAUGCAGUGCCUACAUGAUUACAACGUUUUUGGAUAACGGUCAUGGUGAGUGUUUGUUGGACAAGCCCCACAAACCAAUCCAGCUUCCUUCUGACUUGCCUGGCACGUUGUACGACGCCAACAGACAGUGCCAGUUUACAUUUGGAGAUGAGUCCAAGCACUGCCCCGAUGCAGCCAGUACGUGUACGACGCUGUGGUGUACUGGCACUUCUGGAGGACUGCUCGUGUGCCAAACCAAACACUUCCCUUGGGCAGACGGCACCAGUUGUGGGGAAGGGAAGUGGUGCAUGAAUGGCAAGUGUGUGAAUAAAACUGAGAAGAAGCAUUAUGAUACGCCGGUGCAUGGGAGCUGGGGGUCCUGGGGGGCAUGGGGAGAGUGCUCCCGGACCUGCGGCGGCGGAGUGCAGUACUCCUUCAGGGAGUGCGACAACCCCGUCCCGAGGAACGGGGGGAAAUACUGUGAAGGGAAGCGGGUGCAAUACAGAUCAUGUAACAUCGAGGACUGUCCGGACAACGAUGGCAAAACCUUUAGGGAGGAACAAUGUGAAAAGCACAAUGAGUUUUCCAAGUCUCCCUUUGGAAGCGGACCUGCAGUGGAGUGGACACCCAAGUUUGCCGGUGUCUCUCCAAAAGACAGAUGCAAGCUGGUCUGCCGAGCAAAAGGAACAGGAUACUUCUUUGUUUUACAGCCAAAGGUUGUGGAUGGUACCCCGUGUAGCCCCGAUUCCACCUCUGUCUGCGUCCAGGGACAGUGCGUAAAGGCUGGCUGCGACCGUAUGAUAGGAUCCAAUAAGAAGUUUGACAAAUGCGGUAUCUGCGGUGGCAAUGGAUCCACUUGCAAGAAAGUGUCUGGCACGCUUGUUAGAGCAAAACCCGGCUACCACGACGUCGUCACCAUUCCAGCCGGGGCGACGAACAUCGAGGUGAAGCAGCGAAACCACAGGGGCGCGAGGCACGACGGCAGCUUCCUCGCCAUCAAAGCCGCAGAUGGCACCUACGUCCUCAAUGGCGAUUACACCCUGUCGACGCUGGAGCAGGACAUCACCUACAAGGGCAGCGUGCUGAGGUACAGCGGCUCCUCCGCCGCCCUGGAGAGGAUCCGCAGUUUCAGCCCUCUGAAGGAGCCUCUGACCAUCCAGGUUCUCACAGUGGGGGACCUGCCGCAGCCCAAGAUCAAGUUCACCUAUUUCGUGAAGAAGCCCCCGCAGCCUGGGUUGGAGAAGGCGCCCAGUAGAAAGAAAGAGUCCUUCAACGCCAUCAGGGAGAUCAUCUCCUCCGAGUGGGUCAUCGAGGAGUGGGGCGAGUGCUCCAAGUCGUGCGACUUCAUAUCCUAA